GACUCCAUUUUGACACCUGAAGCGGGCGCUCAACUGAGGCCCCCUCGCUUGGGCCUAAGCGUUGGAAGGUCUCGGAGGAACAAACAACGGAAAGUGCCUUGCUCAGACAUGUUCCGUGACACGUGACUGGCCUUGUCUGCAUUGCAAACACUGGCAUGUCUGUCUGUUUGCAUGAUCAAAGUGGUGCUUUCCGGGCCGUCCUGGUUGCAGAGAUUUGAUCUGCUUCCUGAAGGGGCACCGUCUGGACCAGCUCAUGCUCUACUGAGGUGGUGGCAAGGCCGACCAGCCUCUCCUGUGUCAUUGUGGAGCAUGGGUGUGUUUUUAUUAACUUCAGCUUGGAGAAGCUGCGUUCUCCACUAGCAACUGUUACAGGAAGUGUUAGAAGUAUGCGCAGAGCAACAAAAGCAUUUGGAAAGAAGGGGGUCAUCUUAUUUGUGCACCUGUAUUCCAGAACAGCCUUUGGAGUUGAUCCUGCUGAAAUGUAUCAGUUCAUCACCUAAAUCACUCGCAUCAAUAUCACGCAUGCCAUCAGGUGUUAACACGGUCGCUAGUGCCCUGCAUUGCUGGUGUAGGUCCUCUUCAGGUAUAGUGAGGAGUUUUAGAGUAUCAUACAACAUCCCAAAUAGACUGCUGUGUUCCUUGAGCUGCAUGAAACGUUCUUCAACUGACUGUAUUGCACAAUCUAGCAGCUGGUUAAAGAAUUCAACUUUGAAUUGUUAUUUGGGGUCUCUUCUGGGAUUAUCCCAUUUCUCGUAAUCAAAAUGUUGUCUUCUUUGGGAAAAUAGCUUCAGUGUGAAGUUCCUCUGCUAACUUCUGUGCACUCUUCAGAACGUUUUGAAAUCCCUCAUCUGACCGAGACCAGGGGAUAUGUUGGAAGUCUGUCCAUGUAUGGAGCAGGUCUUGUGAGCCAGAAGUUUGACAUCUCCUUUGGGACAUGCUAGCUGCAAAGAUGAACCCCUCCCCUCCCUAGGAGAGGCACUUUAUAAAGUAAGAUUCCCAAAGACAACAAGGCACAGCAGCUCUCUCCAGUAACGAUGGCUAGCAGAAAAACCAAAAAGAAGGAAGGUGGUGCCAAACGUGCUCAGAGAGCGUCUUCUAAUGUCUUCUCCAACUUUGAGCAGACACAGAUCCAAGAAUUUAAGGAAGCUUUCACCUUAAUUGAUCAGAACAGAGAUGGAUUUAUAGAUAAAGAAGACUUGAAAGACAUCUAUGCUUCUUUGGGUAAAACAAAUGUAAAAGAUGAGGAGCUAGAAUCCAUGCUCAAGGAAGCCACUGGACCCAUUAAUUUCACAAUGUUUUUGAAUCUCUUUGGAACAAAGUUACUUGGUAUGGAUGGGGAAGAGACCAUACUAAAUGCAUUCAGAAUGUUUGAUCCAGAUGGUAAAGGACACAUUCACAAAGACUACUUAAAACGCAUGAUGAUGACACAGGCUGACAAAUUCACUGCUGAAGAGAUAGACCAGAUGUUCAAGAGUUCCCCUAUUGAUGCAGCAGGAAACUUGGAUUAUAAGUCUUUCUGCUACACUAUCACACAUGGAGAGGAAAAGGAAGAAUAAAGAGUGCACACUUGUUAGUUGCACUAAAUUCUCACAUUGGGUUAAUAAAUAAAAAAUGAACUAAUUUUUUUUACCCAGCUGAAGUGAUAACUCAGUUACCCACUGCUCAUGCAAUUUAAAAAUAGCUAUGUCCUAAUCUCCAUUAUUUUGGAGGGCCCCUGGUGAAAACUGCAUCUUUUACCAUGCUUUUGCAUAGCAAUAGUUUUGUUUUUGUGCUAACUCCAUUCUCCUUAGCCCACUGCAGAGACAUUUCAUUUCAAAGUUAUGCCAGACAAAAUAAACAGAAAGAUGUGCUAGCAGAUUCUUAGAAAGUGCAAACAACCUAUGAACAGGUAGCUAUUAGUGGCAUCUGCCUCUUUGUACACCGUGAUAGGUAAUUAUAAAAGUGGCCAUCGUUGUGGGAUCAUAGUUGCAUUACGCAGGAGCAGGAGAGAGAGAACAUUUGCAGAGGUCAACCACACAUUGCUAUUGCUUGUUCCAGGCCGACUAUUCUACUUUAGGGGCAAAUGAUGUUCUCUGAAGCAGUCAGUAUUGCCAGAGCCACAACUUUCAUCUUCCCCGGAAAUGAACACACAAUCCUACUUGUAAACAUUUUCACUUCCAAGAAAUAACUACUUGUUUUUAUAUGGAUUAAAAAUGGAUAACAUUCUUUGGUACAAUCUUUAA